AUGUAUAACCCUUUCACGACUGAAGCAUGGACCGAAUACGCAAUUGGUAUUGUCGUUAUAAUACUUCGAAUUACAGCGCGUUGUUGGCAGGUUCGACUACGCUGGGAUGGAGAUGAUUACUUCGCCGUACUCUGCGCCUUCUUCUUUACCGCUGAACUUGUCAUGCUGGAGCUCAUCGGCCAGAAUGGAUCUAUCACUGGAAUGAACAAUGAGCUCGCGUUGCAACUUACACCUGAGCAAAGCCAACGUAUCACUGUGGGUAGUAAAUACCUUCUCGCAGGGUGGAUACUAUAUACGACCCUGAUAUGGUGCUUGAAAGCUUGUAUGCUGUUCUUUUACAGGAGACUCACGCUCAAUCUCCAGCAACACAAUCUCGUCAAGACCACUGGGGUAGUCUGCAUUUUGGCAUACAUCGCUACCAUCAUCGUGUUUCUCACACACUGUCACCCGAUCUAUCGAUUAUGGCAAAUAUAUCCAUAUCCAGGUGAUGACUGCGCGCUCAACAUAUCCAAGUACCUGGCUUUGGUCGUCACAAAUAUAACCACCGAUCUCAUGAUUCUGUAUAUCCCGCUGCCUCUACUCUGGAACGUCCGGCUACCUUUAAGAAGUAAGCUUAUGUACGGAAUUUGGCUAUGCACCGGCGUUUUCAUGAUGACAGCAACACUGCUCCGCUGCAUCCUGUGUCUUCAAGACGUUUCCCAGAUCAACGUUGGUACCAUCUGGUCAAUCCGCGAAACAUUUGUCGGGAUCUUAGCUGUCAACGCACCCAUCCUCAAGCCCUUUCUGAGUAAAGCCAGGAAGGCUAUGUCAUCGAUCAAGCCAUCGAAUGAGAAUUCUGGCCAAAAUCUGCCGGACAGCCUUCGUUUAUCGCAUGUUGAGAGAAAAGGAAAAAGGAGGACUGUACAUGAGAUCGAUAACAUAGACAUGAGCAUGAAUGGAAGCGAAGAGCACAUCGUGAGACAAGGAAUAGAUGAAGGAAGAGCGAGCAGUGAUAUCAGUUCGAGGGAUGAGGGUGAUGCAGUUUAGACUCGGCAUUACGUAGAAAGCACGAUUAAUUGCUACGAGUCAUGAGCCUGUCAGGAGAAGCUGACGCAUGGCAUAGGUGUAGCGGCGACGCUGAUCAGACUGCUGCAAGUUUGCCUCUCUCCUUCCACCAAUGCUUCCUAUAGAGUGCUCUGUCAUUAGAUUGUAUCUACCGUGACAUAAUGUACCAUACGAGUGGUUUUGCCCAAAUCCUUAUCACCCGUGCCUGAACAGGCGUCGCAUUAGCCGCAAG